AUGGGCACACCUAAUAAAUCUUCCACCUCAACGUCGAAAUCUGGAGACCAAGGAGUUCCGCCUAUGGGGAGGCAGUCCAUCGUCAAUGUUUUAACCAAGGAAUUUGACCCGCCUAUCUUGGAAGAUCUUCCUGAUUCCGAAAAUCCGUCAGUUCCAGCGUUCAUCUCCAUUCUAAACGGUCUUGUGGAACAUAUGCCUGCUGCCGUCGAAAUUUCUCGGAUUCAUGCCUGGGAUCACGUUGUCAAGAAAGCGCAAGAUUCAUACCCAAUUCAACACCCUAUACAACAGCAAUUCCGCUUAUUCACAAUCGCUAUGCGGGACAUAGUCUUGCCACAGCUCAUACCUCGAGUUAUGGUCCCGGAGCGAGCACUGGAAGUGCUGCUGGUGGUGUUGGUGGGAAUCUGCUCGGGAGAUAGACGGCAGUUGGACCUGGCGUUCUCGUGGGAGAGCAUCAAGUUCGACUUCGGCUCGCCCGAGAGGGAGAUGGAGUGGUCCUCCAGCGGGGACUACAUCGAGGGUCAAGCCAUCCCUUUCAGCAUCGAGAUAUGGGAGGACAGGAUGUUCGUUGUCACGCCCAGGAUCAUGGAGGGCGUCCCGGCGACCCUCAGCUACUUCAAUAUCACCAGUGCGACGGCGAAGGGCUUGACGUCGCCGCUCCUGAUCCCGUACCCGAACCUGCGGAUGCACAACCUGACGUCCGGGGUGAUGACGUCGGUGGUCUCGGUGCGGCUGGACCGGUGCAACCGGCUCUGGGCGCUCGACGCCGGGACGGUGAAGGGCGGCGACGCGCAGGAGCGUCGCGGCGCCACCGGCGUCCACGUCUUCGACGUCGAGACGAACCGCGUCCUCCGCUCGCGGUUCUUCGAGCUCGGCGACGGAUUCCAGGAGCCCCAGGUCGCGACGAUCGUCGUCGACGUCACGACGGCCGACUGCAACAACGCCUUCGCCUACGUCUCCGACCACCGCAACUGCCUCCUCUUCGUCUACAGCUGGCGCAACGAUUUCUGGCACAAGAUUUCACAUUCAUUCUUUCACACGGAUCCUACUCUUAUCGACUUCGUUGAUGAUGGAAUGCGAUCGAGGGAGGCGCGGUUCGGCGUAUACAGUCUCGCUUUGUCUCAGGUUGAGAAGGACGAGUUUCGUCGGUUGUUCUUCAGCCCGUUCGCGAGUCGGGUCCAGUUCAUCGUGAGCACCCGGGUCCUCCGCAACAAGACGAUCGACGUGGAACGCGAGGCCAUCUACGAGUUCAAAAUGAUGGGCAACCGCUCGCCCUCCAGUCAGACCACCGCCUCCACCUUCGACGAAGAAACGGGGGUGCUCUUCUACACCCUCACCGCCAGUAACGCCCUCGGUUGCUGGAGCUACAGAAAGGGCAACGAGUUCAUCGAUUCGACUCAAUGGUCAGUGAAGGGGAGAGUCCACGAUUUUGCACACCCGAUCGACGUAAGGGUUGACAAGAGGGGCUCCAUUUGGUUACUCAAUAACAACUACAUGGAUAUACUCCUCAACAUGACACUACCGGAAGUCACCACCUACGAAAUUCACAGAGCCAAAGUUAGAGAGCUAAUCGCUGAUACCGUCUGCGACAUUUAAAACAAAAAUAUGUAAACCAGUGUGUCGGAGUUUUUUAGCCAACGUGCGUUAAAA